CUCAGCGCGGCACCCGGAAGUGGCUUUGGAGCUAGGCCUAGACCUGGUUGUUAGAGUCGCCUGCUGUCGAUUUUCUUCGGGUUUAUGGUCACCCCGCUACCUUCGCCAUGGGGAAGCGACAGCACCAGAAGGACAAGAUGUACAUUACCUGUGCAGAGUAUACUCACUUUUAUGGAGGCAAGAAACCAGAUCUCCCACAAACAAAUUUCCGUCGCUUACCAUUUGAUCACUGCAGUCUUUCUCUGCAGCCCUUUGCCUACCCUGUCUGCACUCCUGAGGGCGUCGUCUUUGACUUGCUGAACAUUGUCCCUUGGCUUAAGAAGUUCGGCACCAAUCCCAGCAAUGGCGAGAAACUGGAUGGGAGGUCCCUGAUCAAGUUGAACUUCGCAAAGAAUAAUGAAGGUAAAUACCACUGCCCAGUGCUGUUCACCGUGUUUACCAACAACACGCACAUCGUGGCCGUGAAGACCACUGGCAACGUCUAUGCCUACGAGGCCGUGGAGCAGCUGAAUAUCAAGGCCAAGAACUUCCGAGACCUGCUCACGGAUGAGCCCUUCACCCGCCAGGACAUCAUCACCCUGCAGGACCCCACCAACUUGGACAAGUUCAAUGUCUCCAACUUCUUUCAUGUUAAGAAUAACUUGAAAGUCAUAGACCCGGACGAAGAAAAGGCCAGACAGGACCCAUCCUACUACCUGAAGAACACGAAUGCCGAGACCCGCGAGACGCUGCAGGAGCUCUACAGAGAGUUCAAGGGCGACGAGGUGCUGGCAGCCACCAUGGCGGUGCCCGAGAAGAAGAAGGUGGACAAGUUGAACGCUGCCCACUAUUCCACCGGCAAGGUCAGCGCUUCCUUCACCUCCACGGCCAUGGUUCCAGAGACCACCCAUGAAGCAGCUGCCAUUGAUGAGGACGUUCUGCGCUACCAGUUUGUGAAGAAGAAGGGCUACGUGCGGUUGCACACCAACCGGGGAGACCUCAACCUAGAGCUGCACUGCGACAUGACACCAAAGACCUGUGAAAACUUCAUCAGACUCUGCAAAAAGCAGUAUUAUGAUGGCACUAUCUUCCACAGAUCCAUCCGGAACUUCGUGAUCCAGGGAGGCGACCCCACUGGCACAGGCACAGGCGGGGAAUCCUACUGGGGAAAGCCUUUCCGAGAUGAGUUCCGGCCCAACCUCUCUCACACGGGCCGGGGGAUCCUGAGCAUGGCGAACUCAGGGCCCAACACCAACAAAUCCCAGUUCUUCAUCACCUUCCGCUCCUGCGCUUACCUGGACAAAAAGCACACCAUCUUUGGGCGGGUUGUUGGGGGCUUUGACACACUGACAGCUAUGGAGAACGUGGAGAGCGACCCCAAAACUGACCGCCCUAAGGAGGAGAUCCGCAUUGAUGCCACCACCGUGUUCGUGGACCCCUAUGAAGAGGCAGAUGCGCAGAUCGCAGAAGAGCGGAAGAAAACAGAGGUCAAGGAGGAGGCGCCAGAAAGUACAGCAAAGCCCAGCAAAUCCAGCGCGAGCAGCCAGGGCCCCCAGACCUACCGCCAGGGAGUGGGCAAGUACAUCAACAUGGCGGCCACGAAGCGUGUAGCUGAGGAAGAACCAUCCACCAGCGCGGCCGCCACUGCAGCCAAGAAGAAACCCAGCCGGGGUUUUGGGGACUUUAGCUCCUGGUAGCGGUUGCUGCUCUGUCUCAGUACAGACAUGGGGUGCCGGGGUCCGGCCACCACAUCGCUGCUUCUCUACCCUGGAGCCUGCCUGGCUGAGACUAAAGACUAAAUAAACAUUUU